AUGAUAAAAACAGCAAAUGGUACUCCUAAUCAUGCUCAAGUUUGCUGCGAAGCAACACAGGAAUGGAACAAAAUUAAAACUAAAGGUGCAGAGAAAAUUGACAGCAUAAUCAAAACAUAUUUGUCCACGCCAUUUAAUUUAUAUGAUAUACAAACAAUAAAACCAAACCAUUUUAUUCCUGAAGAAACUAAAGAAAGACUUUCAGAGCUUAAGCAAAUGUACAACAUUACAACAGACCCUCAGUUUCGAUAUGAUAUAUAUACAAAAAUAGAAGUGCUUCAAAAACAAGAAGUAAUUAAAUACGAUCGGCCAGGUCGCCCAUCGCUUCUUUUUAAAUAUCCACACCUACAUGACAAUAUUCAUGAAUCAGUUGAAUUUGAGAAUUAUGGCGUCUACAUGGCACAAACAACAUUAAAUAAUUACUUAUUACCUUGCCAGUCCAAUUUCAUUGCCACGAAGGUACACCAUCAUCCAGCGUGGGUCUCGGUUGCUGGUGUUUCACGUACUGAGACAUAUGAACAUCCUGAUA